GUGACAUCAUCUCGUCCUGUGAGUGCGUCUGAAGAUGGUGGCCGCUCUGAGGACGCUGUACGCCGUCCUCAUGCUUCUGUCCAGCGUGGCGUCGGUCUGUGGGAACCUCCUCCUGCUGCUGGUUCUCCUCCUGAACAAGGAUCUUCGGUCGGACACUCUGAGCCUCACUCUGAGCUUCAGCCUCAGCGAUCUGGCCCUCGGGCUCUCCACCAUCCCCUUCGGAGCCCACAACAGCCUCUUCCAGCCGGACGGACGCCCCAGCGAGGGGAUGCUCUGCCAGGGCAGCGGCUUCCUCUUCCUCCUGCUACAGACCUCUUCCAUCCACUCGCUCAGCUGGGCCACUGUCGACAAGUUCACGGAGAUCUGCUUCGCCCUGAGCUACAGCAGCAUCUGGACGGCGGGUCGGAGCCGGGCGGUGCUGGUUCUGGUCUGGCUGUUCUGUCUGGUGAGCGCCAUCCUGCCGCUGCUGGGCUUCGGCAGCUAUGCCUACAGCGAGUCGCGGUUCCUGUGCUGCCCGACCUUCAGCCCUGACAACAGGUACUUCGUGGUGCUGUGGAUGGCGGUGGGCAUCGUGGCGCCAAUCCUCACCAUGUGCUCGCUGUACGGAUACAUCGUGUACGUGGCGAGGAAACAGGCCAGGAGGGGCACGUUCAUGUGCAACGAGCUGCACUGCUUCUAUGUUCCUGCCAACAACUACCUGAGGAGCUCCAUCGUCAUGGUGUCCACCUCAGUGUGUCUGCUGGUCUGCUGGCUACCCUACAUCUCAGUGUGUCUGUACGAGACGUUCAGCGGUCAGCCGAGCCCGACGGUGGGCUCGGCCUUCUCUGCCUGGCUGGUUCUGACCAGCGCCGCCCUCAACCCCUGGAUCACCUGCAUGACACAGACGUGAGUAGAACCACCCUCAUAAACUGUCACAUUAGUUUUGGAGCAACAGUAUUACAUCCCUAUGAUGCGUUACUGAUGUCAUUGUGACCUUGUGCCUUUCAGCAGGUACAGGGCUGCGGUUCGUCGAAGCUUCCGCAGGUUGAUUCAGAGGUUUCCGUGUUCGGACACG